CACAACCCACAACCCACAACGAGCACUUGCGAAUUGUGAUCUUCCCACUGCGCGUGCUUCCCUCGAUCGUAGCUCAUCACCAAUCUGCCCGCAGCUCAGCUCAUCGCCGGCCAUGGGGAACUGCCUGGUGAUCCAGGACAGAAGGGAGAUCAAGGUGAUGAGCGUGGUCGACGGCGAAGUCCUCAAGCCGCUCCCGGCGCCACCCCUCUCCAAGGGCGCCCUCGCACGCGUCUCCGGCUCCUCCGACGCCGACGACGCGCUCCGGCCGCAGAAGCAAGGCCUCGACGGCCGGGCGGGCGGCAUGGGGCAGCUGCACCGCCUGUUCCCCUCCGACGCCAAGGCGCCUCCUGCCGCCGCGGCUGACCCGGAGGGCGCCGUCGUGAGGGUGAAGCUGGUCAUCAGCAAGCAGGAGCUGAGGAGGAUGCUGGGCAAGGACGACGAGGCCGUCUCCAUGGACGACAUGGUGGCUCUCCUGCGAGGAGGGCCGGAGGACCGGAAGCAGGAGGACGUCGGUUGCUACAGAGGGUGGCGGCCUGCCUUGCAUAGCAUACCUGAAGGCAGCGGUGAUCUAUAUUCCAUAUUAGCAUAAGAAAUUAGCUGGAAGAAAAUACAUAUAUGGAUACUAAGCAUAAGAAAAUAUGCAUGUGUUUAUAUUCACAUAGAAAAUAGAGAUCAUAGUUGGGUAGAUUUUCUGCUAGUAGUUUUGGGAUAGGGGUUAUCUUCAGGUUGUCUUGUUCGGUGGGUGCAUAUACCAUGCAAGACAAGUUAAAGAUAGUCCUGGAAAUCAAACGAGACAAUAUAAACUUAAUUAUUGAUGGCAUAUACUGAUAUACUCGUUGCUGUACUAAGCUUACUCUUUUUUUCUUCAUUAUUUCACAAGCUCUGAAGUACACCACAGUAGCACGCCAGGUAUUAACUGGAUUGAAUGACUCCGCUGCUCAAGGCACUAUGAUUUCGGCUCUGGAAUAGGAGUACCUUCUAUUCUCAAUAGGACACACUCCUAGCCUGGCUUCAAAGAUGAGUAACGACUCUGCAAGACAUCUCUGCCCGCCAUAAUUAAGCACGCAGAAGAUUCAGUCAAUGAAUUCUGGACCUACUUGAAGGAAAUCGCGAUAACCGAUGAUUUAUCAAGUAAUAUGUGAUCUUCUUGGAGGACCGCCUCCGCCGAAGCAAUCGCUCCCACAACAUCAUUUUUUACAGGGAAGCAACCAUGCUAGUGUCCCCUCACCUGUGCCGCCAAUCGGCAUAGCCGGUUAUCAGACAGAGAGUAGUGGCAGUCGACCAAGUAGCCCCGCUGUCAAUUUGAGAGGGAAAAAAGUUCUUCAGUAUUUAUAUCCUCAUGUCAACAAAAUUAAUUUCCCUCAGUGAACUACCAUUAGCAUGCACUACCAUGCUGCCACUUUUUUGGUUGGAUUUAGUGAAAUAAUUUGUUUCUGUUGGCCACCUCUUUUGUUGUCUCGACAGGUUUUAGUGGAUUCAAAGCGCUCGAUGAAAUGGACUCAACACACAGGCGAACAAGAACAGAGGAUGACUCAGUUGUGAUCCAGGCAACAAAUGCCGUCCUUUUUUUCUCAGUCAAGACUGAACCAGCAACACACGCCGGCUCCUCUCUUUUCAUCUUCAGUACACCCACUGCGUGAACUGAUGGCUGCAACAGGCACAGUCCACCAUCAACCCACCCCACUGUGCCAGCAAAACACAUUUGCACACUACAACAAACUAGAUUUACUCUUAACAGUUUUGGCUCUGAAAACAUGCUGGUCCUCAGCAUUCAGAAAGAGUGAAAUAAAAGCACUUGAGAGAGUAUAUACAA